AUGAUGCGUCUGGUUUCAUUUAUUGUCGCUCCAGGCUGGUCAGCUGUGGUUAAGGUCAUUCCAGAACUCCGGAAUAUUUUUGCCCAAUACGUACGACGUCUGACGCUCUACGCCUUUCCCGAUGCUCCAAAUGUCCACAUCAGUCGUCGAAUGGGAGUCCUAUGGCGCACCCUCGCACCUAUAGACAGGGAGGCCUUCUCGGAUGAGGCUAGGCGUCUGCAGGACUUACAUGCUCUCGAGUUCCCUGAUUAUAAGUACCGGCCGCGUAAACGUAACCGCGUCGGAGCCAAAGAACCAUCCACAGAACCUUUGAGGCUGCCUUCGCCGCCGCCGCCGCCUCCUCCGGUGCAAUCAGAUACAAUCAAUAGCGUCGAGAGCCUCCUCUACCCGAUCAAUCCCCUCUUGCCUGGCAAACUAACCGACCGGACAUCUAUCGGCCUGAACGAGAUGGUGAGCCGACUGGAUGCAUCUUCACCGCUGAUGGUGCAAGUGCCGGAUCAGCCGAUUAAAACGGAACCACCAUCUUCUCUGGACGUGGAUACCUCCUCCAGCACCUCACUUCUAUCUCACUGCUGUUCUGACGGACGUUCUAUCAACUGGGCUGGUUCGGUUCAUCAAACUACC